AUGGCAUUCGACGGUACUUGGAAGGUUGACCGGAAUGAGAACUAUGACAAGUUCAUGGAGAAACUGGGUAUUAAUGUGGUCAAAAGGAAGCUUGCAGCUCACGACAAUUUGAAACUGAUAAUUACACAAGAAGGAAAUAAAUUCACAGUCAAAGAAUCAAGCAAUUUUCGAAGCAUUGAAAUUGUGUUUGAACUUGGUGCUAAUUUUAAUUAUAGCAUGGCAGAUGGAACUGAACUGAAUGGAGCCUGGACCAUAGAGGGAAACCAACUUGUUGGAAGAUUCAAGCGAGUAGACAACGGAAAAGAGCUCAAUACAGUCCGAGAAAUCAUUGGUGGUGAACUCGUCCAGACUUACACGUACGAAGGAGUGGAAGCUAAGAGGAUCUUCAAGAAGGAAUAA